GGGGCCAUACAAUGGACGGUAUUAAUGUGAAUGGCGGGAAUGCCGAUGGGGCGCGCGAGGAUCCUAACCUAGAAGCUGGUACUGUGCCGAAUCUACAAGAAACGCAAGUUAAAGUGGAUACCCCUAAAAUGGAUGGACAGGACGUGAACGGUGACAUUAGGAACUCGCCGAAAAAGGGUAUGGAAAUCAAUGUUAGAAGAAAGCUACGUAAGUUCAAGGCAAAUUCAACUAGUACCAUUGAAAGUGAUUCAACAUUAAAUACAAAAGGACGCAAACGGAAGCUAUCGGAACCUGACGGUCUUAGCUCAGAGGAAUCUAUGGAGUUCAAUGGUUUUGAUAUACAAGGAGAUAACGAAGUGGAGCCAGCAAGUCAUGUCUUGAAGAAAUUAAUUGGUAUUGCUGAAGCUGAAGUAGCAGAGGCACAAUUGGCAAAACGAUUUAGAUAUAGUAUAAGGAAGAAUUUUGAUAUGAAAAAAGAUGAUGAAGAUUUGGGUGAUAACAGAAUGCACGAUGAUGACUAUGUAUUAGAUAUAGAUAAAGUAAAGAAAGAAAAGGAAUCUGAUAAAUCAGAAACGGAAUCACUUGGAAUGCCAAAUACUGCUGAAUCAGAAACAGAAGUACAAAAAACAGAUGACACUUCCCUUAAGUCAACAAAUUCAUCAUCCGCAGCCAGUAGUCCAGCAACAUCAAUAAAGUCUAAAGGUUAUCGUUUAUUACGUGGAGUUAGUCCAGGAAGUACUGGGAAACAAAAAGUAUCAAGUGAUAUAUCAAAUCCAGCAUUCAAAGAGCCUUUUAAAUAUGGUUGGAGACGAGAAUUGGUAUUUAGAGCAAGUAAUGAUUCUAGUCUUAAAAGAAUGGCUGAUAUCUAUUAUUAUACACCAAAGGGCAAAAAGGUUAGAAGUUUCAGAGAAGUAGCAGAAUUUCUUAAUACGAAAGAAUUAACUAUUGAUAAUUUUACUUUCCUCAAAGAACCAAUUGGUCCUGAUGAUCCGGAAAAAGAGGUUAUUCGAGAUGCAAAAAGAAUGAGGGGGCCUGGAAUAUCAGUUACUCCACCAAGAAAGAGUAUAGGGCAUAAGAGAGGUACACCUGGUAAAAGGGUUGUAGAAGAACCUGCAUCAGUGCCUCCUCCAGUGGCUACAAAAGCUGCUACCAAAUCACCAAGAGCUACAUCAACAGGAUUUAAAGUGAAAGUGUCUGCAAAGAAAACCCCACACAUAACAGAAAUAAAGUCACCUUCUCAAGAAAGGGAGGUACUUCCACCUCAAAGAACAACAAGUACAAGAAGAAGUCAGCUACCUGUAGAAAAACCACCACCUCCUAAACCAAAAAGACAAUUAACGCCCAAAGUUCAAGAACCAUGCAGUAUAAGAUGUUCAACCAGUAUGGGGUUGAUACCAAGCUUACAAUGUCGUGCGUGUCUCUGUUUAUAUCAUCCUGAGUGUGUUGGUGGUAUAGAGUUUACAGGAAGUGACAAUUAUAUUUGUAAGAACUGUCAACAGGAUACUAAUGAAUCUCAUCAAUCUCAAACGAAUCCAUCUUUGACACCUCCUCCACUGAUACCAAUCAGUAUGCUAGGUGCACAAAAUACAAAAUCAAAACAUCAAGUAAAUCUAAGCCCUCCAAAGCUUCAACGAAUACCCAAAUCUGAUAAUGCAGAUUCACAAUCGCGGAACGCUACUAAAGUGUCAAAAACAUCCUCUGCAACAUCACAUUCUCCUUUAAAUUCAGAUAAUAAAGAAAGCAGUUGGUUUGCUCAAACAGAAAGCGAAUUUUUACAAAGUCAUGAUGGAAUUUUACCAAAACCGGCCCAAAAUAUUGCUCUAAUGGGGGGCAAGAGAUAUAUUGUUGUACCAAAAAAUAAUGCUAUGGCUGUUCAGCCAGCUAUAACUGUGAAACCUGAUAAAAUUGGUGAUAAACCUCCUAUACUUCAGGAUGGUACACUUACGGAUAUAUCAAACGCUGUUGACAAUUCUAUGUCCACAAAAGUACGUACUUCUUUAACAACAAAAUUUGUGGAAAAAGAUGCUUUUGAUAAAUCAAUUGAUAAAGAUGUGUCAAAAGAUGCAUCGCAUACAGGACUUUCAUCAAGUUCCAUAAUGGAGAAAACCAAUGAAACGUACAAUAGUAAUGAUAGAACUGAUAUAUUGACAGCAACUAAAUCACAAAAUGACUUAUCUAGUACAACAGAUCUUGCAGUAGAAAGUAAGAAAUCAGAAAAUUGUAACACAAUUGAAAAAAAGAGUAUAGUAAAGAAUUCAAAUACAACUAACACAAAUAAUGACUUAUUUAAAGUAGAUACGCAACAUUCUGUGACAAGUAGUUUGGGUACUGUUAAAAUAAACAGCAAAAGGAAACAAAAUCGGCAGGACAAAGAACAACAGCAGCAUUUUAUGGAUUCAGUGUGUGCUGGUUAUCAUGCAUUGCUGCGCAUAUUUCAAUACCUUAAGGUACAAGAACUACUUCGGGCUGCAAGAGUGUGUAAAAUGUGGCGAGAUUUGGCUGCGCAUCCUUCUCUGUGGAAAACUGUACGAAUGAAAAAUAGUCAAGUAACAGAUUGGGAUGGCUUAGCAGAUACAUUACAGAGGCAUGGUACUCAACAUUUAGAUCUUCGAAAAAUGCUUGUAGCAGGCGAAUCUGACAGCAUUUGGGAGAAGUUUUUAGUAGUAAUACCACGUGUAACUAGCCUUGUCAAACUAGAAUUAUGUAAAUGUCCUGUGAUGGUUGUUGAAGAAGUUAUUAGAAGUUGCCCUCAAUUAGAAGUAUUGAGUGCAAUGUCGAUAAAGUGUGACUCCCUAAAUUUAGAGUCAGUUGGAAAUCUUAAACGUUGCCAAGAAUUAAGGCUUAAAGCAAUCAGUGGUAUGUCUUUGAAAGAAGAUCUCACACCUCUACAGGAAUUAACGCAACUAACACAGUUGAGCUUGACAUCAGUUAAGGAACUUGGAAAGAAGGGAAUCAAUAUAAUACAAGCAUUAGUUAAUUUGGAAACUCUAGAAUUGGGUGAAUGCUCAGAUUUUCCAGAUAAAUUUGGUACUACAGUUUUAAUAAAGUUACAAAAAUUAGAACGUCUUAGGUUGGAGAAAGGUCAAGGCUCAUGUUGUACAUUUGACAUUUUGGAAGGUGUAUCUAAGUUACAAAACUUAAGUCAAAUGGAACUGGUCAAUUUUGAUGUCAAAAAUGGCUUUGACAAAUGUCUUGCAAACUGUAAGAAUAUUAAAAGGCUGUUAAUUAUUCCAACGUACAUAUCUCAAUCGGCAACGUCUAACAAUAUGGUGCUUGGUGGUGUUACUGAAUUAUCAAAUAAUUUGACGCACUUUGUAUGGGGCGUUACACUUGAGUUACUUAGGGUUACAGAAUUAUUUAUUGAUCAAUGUAAUCUAAUAAUAAGUAAACAGAUCACUGGCGAUGCGAUACCAGUACUAAAACCGGUACCCUGUCUAAAGUUAAUCGAGGAUGUUGAAGAUGAAAAUGACAAUCAAAAAGGUGAUGACAAACAGGAACCAAAUGAAACAAAUCCUCAAGUGGAUAUAUUACCAUUACCACAACUCCAAAAACUUUUAUUAACUGCUUUGCCUAAAACGAGGGUUAAGAUCUUGAAGAUUCCUUUCCAUGCUACUUGGCGACAAAGCAUUUCAGAUACUGCUACACAAUAGAAGAAAAUGAAAUAAAGUGUAUGAAUACAUAUACUAAAAAGGAAAGAAAAAUACCUGAUGUGAGAAAAUUAAAAAUUUUGUAAAUUUGACUCCAUAAUGUCUGCACAAUUUACUCCAAUAUUUGCGCAUUGGAUCAAAAGUAAUUUAAUAUUAAUAUACUAUGUGUUUUGUAGCCUUUAAUUCCCCUUGAAUAGUGUAUUGAUACACUCUACAGUAACCAUAAAUAUUAUUCUUCUCGAAUCCUUUAGUGAUAAAAACAGGGGACCACAAAUGCAUCACGUGCUAUUUUAGCUGCAAAGCAAAAAUUCAUGAGAGGCUGGUAUCCUUGUGGAAAUUAUUUAAAAAAUUAUGAAAGUCUCAACAUUUGUAGAUUACAGUACAUGGAAUGUAUGUUCGCAAAUUAUUUGGUAUACUGUAAUGUGUAUCCACGAUGAACAGAAUUGUCUGAAUUAUAGAGAGAGAGAGAGAGAGAGAGAGAGAGAGAAUCAUAAAUGUUUAAAAUAAUUAACUGAGACUAAGAUAUAUGAAAAUAUCGCGCACAUUUAUUAAGGGGAUAAAGUGUAUUAUUUUCGGUUUUUACAAAGUGUAGAACUUUUAUGACAUACACAAUCCAUUGAGUCAAAACAAAUUGUAGUUUUAAUUUCGUGGUAUGAAGCGAAUUUCGAUAAGUUUCUAUUGAAGUAGCAGUAAAAGAGGAAAUCAUGUUGUCUAUAAGGCUCUAUUUAGAGGUUAGGCUGUAUAAAUAACGGUAUAUAUUAUUAAAUUAUAUAGUAAUUGUAUGUGUAUCUUUAAUAUUUAAGAUACGAGUUUUCCGCUGCAAAGAAAUAUUAAGCAGUUAAUGGGCAAAGUUGUAGAAUGUAUAAUUAUAAUUUUGUAUAACGCGUAAUUAAAUAUAAUCUAAAGACGUAAUGAUUUAUCUGUACAAUUUACGCAAUUACGAUAAAUUUCCUAACCAGGAUAUUUGAAUUCUCUGCCGAUUAAUAUAGAUGUUUCAAUCCCUAUUCUUUCUCGUUUUUUAUUUUUCUGAUAAUAUUUACGAAAUGUAUAGCAAUUGAAAAUUAAAGUCGGAAAUUAAAUUUUAUAUUCAGAUAAUAAAAAUAAACAAACGCGAGACAUUUUUAAUGCAAAAAAUUGCACAUGUAGUUUUAAGGUAAUAAAAAACGUUCGCGAGUAGUGAUAUUAGUAAAUAAAAUAUUUCAAUUAAUGAUAUUAAUUAAUUAUA